AUGGCUACAACCGCUGAGCAGAUGGCUGCAAAGUAUCCAAUCCCGUCUUAUCGCUUUUUGGUCUCUGUCGGCCGUGACCAAAUAGCGUUCAACAACGUGGAUGGUCUAGAGCAGCAGGUUGUCGAAUACAAAGACGGUACGGGCCAAGUGUAUCAGAUGCCGGGUCAGCUCGAAGCAAUCAACAUCACGCUCAGGAGAGGCAUAGUCGCGCGUCAGAGUGCUGUCUAUGAUUGGAUAUCUUCAAUAUCCCUAGAUAGGGUGGAAAAGAAGGAUAUUAGUAUCACAUUGACAAACGAGUCAGGAAGUGAACUUUUGGUGACUUGGAGGGUUUCCGACGCCUUUCCUACCAGUCUGACAGCACCAUCCCUUGAUGGUAGCAGCAAUGAAGUCGCGAUUGAGGAAUUGGGUCUUUUAGCGUCGCGCCUAUCUACGAAAUUCCAUUAA